AAAAAUAAGGGGUAAAAAUGACUUUUUAAUAGAAAUGAGAAGUGUUUUGUGGGACGGAUACAAAAAGAAAGGGGAAAUGUUUUACGGGCCGGAGGGAGUAUUAAUUUGUAGACCAUAAAACUUCUCAUCAAUGAAUGGUCCGUCCUCUUGCUUCAAGAUUCCACUCCAAUCGGGACCGAAUAGCAAACACUCUUUUGGACAUCGGUGGCCGGCUUGUGUCUUGAUCCAGUUCAGAUCGAGUCUUUCCCUGAGUGCACGGAUGUGUUAGAGAGGGUGAGAACCGUCAAUUUUACGGAAGAAGCAUCGCUACCUUUUUACUCAAUUGCCCCAAAUCUGAUCAUUAACGAGAAAAGUGAAAACCCAUCGCUGAUCGAAUCCCUGUUUUACAUUCCUCUUUCCGCUUGUCCUCAACGACCACCAGAAUUCAGUCUAUUAGGGCUGUUAAAGUUUGAGAAGAAGAAGGUAUGACUGCUUUUAUAGGCCGCAAAAUGAUUUCCAUGGGCAUUUCUGCUAUGAGUUUGAAUCAGCCCCUGGUGAGAAGUAGGGUAUUUGCAUCCAGAGCUUACUCUUCUGCAGCAAAAGAGAUGACAGUGCGUGAUGCUUUGAAUUCAGCCAUUGAUGAAGAAAUGUCUGCAGAUCCCAAGGUCUUUUUAAUGGGAGAAGAGGUUGGGGAGUACCAGGGUGCAUACAAGAUCUCAAAAGGGCUUUUGGAUAAAUAUGGUCCAGACAGGGUUCUUGAUACACCUAUUACUGAGGCUGGGUUUGCAGGGAUUGGAGUAGGUGCGGCUUACUAUGGCCUGAAACCUAUUGUGGAAUUCAUGACGUUUAACUUUUCAAUGCAGGCAAUUGAUCAUAUAAUCAAUUCUGCUGCAAAGUCAAACUACAUGUCUUCUGGACAAAUAUCUGUACCUAUUGUUUUCAGAGGACCUAAUGGAGCCGCAGCUGGUGUUGGUGCCCAACAUUCCCAGUGCUAUGCAGCGUGGUUUGCUGCAUGCCCAGGAUUGAAGGUCCUAUCUCCAUACUCUUCCGAAGAUGCUCGUGGCCUUCUCAAAGCUGCUAUUAGGGACCCUGAUCCUGUCAUUUUCCUUGAAAAUGAAUUGUUAUAUGGCGAAUCCUUCCCUGUUUCAGCUGAAGUUCUUGAUUCUAGUUUUUGUGUUCCAAUUGGGAAAGCUAAAAUUGAACGUGAAGGGAAAGAUGUUACAAUCACAACUUUCUCAAAAAUGGUUGGCUAUGCUCUCAAGGCUGCUGAUGUUCUUGCGAAGGAAGGGAUUAGCGCUGAGGUUAUCAAUUUGCGCUCAAUCAGACCACUAGACAGAUCUACCAUCAAUGAUUCUGUCAGGAAAACCAACAGACUCGUAACUGUUGAGGAAGGGUUUCCUCAGCACGGUGUUGGCGCUGAGAUCUGUGCUUGUGUGGUUGAGGAAAGCUUUGAGUACCUUGAUGCGCCAGUUGAAAGGAUAGCCGGGGCUGAUGUACCCAUGCCUUAUGCAGCAAAUCUUGAAAGACUGGCAGUCCCACAGAUAGAAGACAUUGUUCGUGCAGCAAAACGGGCAUGCUACAGAUCUGUUCCAAUGGCUGCCACUGCUUAGGAUGAAUUACUCGGGAAAAAAUAAUGGAAAAUGGUGAAGUCACACCAACUCUCACCUCACUUUUCACCCCAAGUUUCUUGCAGAUAUUCACAUACAUUCAACAGUAAGUAAUAGGUGCCCCUGGCAUGGCCCAAAAAUUAUAAUACUUCCUUCGUCCCAAAAAAAGAGCUUAUUUCCUUUUUGGUACGUCCCAAGAAAGCUUCUUUCCAUUUUUUUGAAUAGCUUUGAGUGACUCACAAUCUUUCUUUUUCUUGUGUAUCGCCUUGAACCAAACACUUCAUUCUCUUUAAAUUUUGUGCCAAGUCAAAUUAGGACCUUUUUUUGGGACGGGGGAGUAACGUCUUCCAUGUCCUUAUUAUACUUGUUGAUAUUGGAUUCUUUUUUGAGACACCGAGUCAUCAAAAACAGAAUUUGGUCAGGAACAAUUUUCUGUUUGGUAAAUCUCAUAUUAUACUUGUGGCCAUUAGAAUCCUUGAUUUACAGAGGUAUACAAAAAAAGCUCUUUUUUUGUUAUCUUUUGUUAGGUUUUGAAACUAUGGAUUGGAGACCAUUCAAUCCUCUUAUGAAAAGAAAAAGUGCACUUGUUC